AUGAGCGAUCCGCUCUCGAUCGCAGCUGGCAUCGCCGGAUUCCUUUCAUUGAGUAUCCAAGUCACGCAAACCUUGGUAGAUUUCUACUCAAACUACAAGAGCAAAGACGCCGAUAUUGCAAAAAUCAUCCAGAACAUAGAAAUCCUUCAAAGCAUUCUCCGAGUCCUAGAAACUGCAGUUCAACAACGUAAGUCUCAACCCAAUGCAGAAGAUCUACUUCAAGAAGUCGAGAAGUCGACACAGAGCUGCCAUGAUAUCAUCCAAGACCUCCAAGCAGAGUGUGAGAAAUUCCCUGCCAAAUCGGCUGCGGACACCAGCUUGAAAGGUCGUUUGAAAGCCACAAGCCGCAGCGCAACCUAUCCAUUCCGAAAAAGCACACUCGUGAAAAUCGAAGAAGAUAUCGGCGAAAUCCGCGAGAACUUGACGCUCGCACUGAGUGUGCUACAGUUCAAAGAUCACAGUCGUAUCGAAGACAAAAUGUCAGCAGUCAAAUCUCUCCUCGAACGAACGAAUACAAGCCAAGUAUCCUUCGCAAUUCGUGCCUGGCUGCAGGCGCCGGAUCCAGCUGUCAAUCAGAACACAUUCUUCAAGAAACACCACCCAGAAACGGGACUGUGGUUCAUCAACAGUGAUCAAUUCUCGAACUGGCUCGCAGAGCGGAAUUCGUUUCUCUGGCUGAACGGAUUCGCAGGGUGUGGGAAGUCAGUCCUCUCUUCGGUUAUAAUACACCACAUACUCAAGUUUUGCGAGACGAGAGUGAAUCGCGGAAAUGUAGGAAUCGCGUAUUUCUACUUUGCUUUUAGUGAUGAGUCGAAGCAGGAUUCUAAUGGCUUGUUGUGUGCAUUGCUGUUGCAAUUAUCGGUGCAGGUCCACGACGGUGAAAAGGACCUGGAGGAACUACGUUUACUGUCCAAGUCAUCUGCGCCUUCGGAAGAAAUUCUACUUGAAACUCUUCGAAAUUUCCUAGAAAGAAUACAGGACGGAUAUGUAUUGAUCGACGCGUUGGAUGAGUGUCCCCGAGAUCAUCAGGGGAAAAGAGAUGAUGUUCUGAGAGUCAUACAGGUGUUGCGUGACUGGAGCUUGCCAAAUGUUCAUCUUUUAGUCACAAGUCGAGAUUACCAUGACAUCCGUCGAUCAUUAGACCCUUCUUCUGAAUGUGUUGUCCUGAUGAAAAAUCCGGGAAUUGAUGAUGAUAUAUCGAAUUUUGUAUCUCAUCGGCUGGAAAAUGACCCCGAUCUUCAGAGAUGGAAGGUGCGACAGGGCGAGAUUCAAAGCAAAAUAACAGAGGGUGCGCAGGGAGUUGUACUGAUGCCAGCUAUGUACAGUUUCAGAUAUGCGGAAUGCCAACUGAGGUCUUGUCGACAGGCACGAAACCGAAACCAGCUUGACAAAUGUUUACACUCUUUGCCUCGCGAUCUAGACGAAACUUACGAGCGCAUAUUAUGUUCCAUCGACGAAACAUAUGUCGAGGACGUAAAGCGUACCUUGACAGUGCUUUGUCUCUCUAGACAAACCCUCACCGUUCGUGAGUUGAUCGAAGCUCAUGCUGUAGAGCUUAACGAAGAACCGCAAUGCCUCGAUCGUGAGGGCCGAUCCUAUGAGCCAGAUGACCUUGUUGAUAUUUGUCUUGGGCUUAUAGAGAUCUUCGAAACGGGCCCUGGAGAAGUCGAUGGACCAGGGGUGUUUGAAAUUGAUGAAAGGAGUCCACUUGUUCGCAUUGCUCAUUUCUCCGUCAAGGAGUACCUUCAGUCAGAUCGUAUCCGACAGCAGAAAGCAGAAAGAUUCGCUAUUGAUAAUGAAUGCGAAUACCGAACUAAGCCAAAUCUGCCUUACCCGACUUUAUCAGAUGGAAUUUUGGACAGAGGAAAGCUCAAUGUCUUCGCUCUGGCCGAAUUUGCUGCCGAAAAUUGGUUUCACUAUUAUCAAUCUUCUCAGGGAAACCCAAAAACAGAAAAAUUGCUGUUGAGGUUGUUCCAGAAUGACAACAACGCAUUCAUGACCUGGGUCAGGCUAUACAUGAUUGACGAUCCACGGACGUCAUUUUUCGAUUUUCAAAGGCCCGUGAAUGGUGUUUUAUCUCCCAUUUAUUAUGCGUCGUUUUUGGGGCUAGAGGUCAUCCUAAGAACUCUCCUGGCCAUUCAUGUCGAGACUGGAGGUCUAAAAGACAUUAUAAAUACCCAGUUUGGAUACUACGCAUAUGCACUUCAAGCAGCAGCAUCUGAAGGCCACAAAAGAGUUGUCCAAAUAUUACUUGAUCACAGUGCUGAUAUCAAUGCCCAAGGUGGAAGAUUUGACAGUGCACUUGAAGCAGCCUCCUUUGGAGGUCACAAAGACGUUGUUCAGCUCCUACUAGAUCUUGGUGCUGAUGUGAACGGACAGAAGGGAUUUAGCUAUGCACUUUUUGAAGCAUCACGCUACGGCCAUAACCAAGUGGUCCAAAUACUACUGGAUCAUGGUGCCAGUGUGAACGCAAAGAAGGGAUUUAGCUAUGCACUUUUUGAAGCAUCACACCGCGGCCAUAACCAAGUGGUCCAAAUAUUACUGGAUCAUGGUGCCAAUAUGAACGUGCAGGGGAUAUCUAGGAGUGCUCUUAUUGAAGCAUCGAGGAACGGUCAUGGCCAAGUAGUUCAAAUACUACUAGAUCAUGGUGCCGAUGUGAAUGCCCAGGGUAGAUUUUAUGGUACUGCACUUAUCGCAGCAUCAGUAAGGGGCCAUGACAACGUGGUCCAAAUACUACUAGAUCAUGGUGCCGAUGUGCACGUGCGGGGGGAACAUGGCAAUGCGCUUCUUGCAGCAUCAAGAUGGGGCCAUGACAAAGUGGUCCAAUUACUACUAGAUCAUGGUGCCUGUGUGAACGUGUGGGGGAAACAUGGCCAUCCACUUCAUACAGCAUCAAGGAGAGGAUAUGGCAAGGUGGUACGAACACUAUUAGACCAUGGUGCUGACGUGAACGCUAAAGGUGGAAUUGAUGACAGAUUUAAUGCUAUUCAAGUAGCACUCGUGAAGGGCUACCGUGAGAUAGUCCUCAUGCUUCUUGACAAAGGUGCUAAUGUGACUCCAGAAGAUGCAAUCUUUAUACACAAACUUAACCUUUAA